AUGGUCUUCAACUGGUUCAAGUCUUCCAAGGAGGAAUCCUCCGCUACCCAGCAGCCCUCCUGGGACGCCAACACCAUGACCAUGCAGCAGCCUUCUAGCCCCGAGGCUCCUUCCACUGAGCGCGUUGUUACGCAGCAGCCUAACUCCCAGGAAGAAAUGAAGAUGGGCCUGCGUGGUGGUGGUGCCGGUGAUGUGUGCUGCGGAGUUUGCGCCGGUCUCCUUUGCUUCGAGUGCUGCGAAGAGUGCUGCUAA